AUGAAAGAGUUAAGCCAAGCUUGCGGUGAAGAUUUGUUAUGCGAGCCUCAAUCAAUCAUUAUGAAGAUCAGGAAGCUUGUUGGACAACACCCUAAUGAGCUGGCUAUUGCUUGUCCUCAUCAACCAGCUGAUCUAUAUGGCUGCAAGAGCUUGCCAAUGGAGGCCUCGGUUGAUCAGUCAGCUCCUCCCCACCUUCGAUGGUCUUAUCAAACCCUUGACCAAACUGUGAAUAAGAUCAAACAACGUUUCAUGGCGUACGGCUCUGUCAAGACUACUCUGCUUUUUGUUUUCUGCGAAAAUCAAGUGGAAUCUGUCAUCUUCACAUUGGUGGCAUAUUCUCUAGGAUGGAUUCAUGUGCCCAUCGGGCCAGAAUACCUGUGCAAUCUAGAAGAAGUUCAACGAAUGAUUACAAGCGUUAUGGCGAGCCUCGAGGCUUCGAACGCAGUUUUCCUUGCGAACAACGAAGACACGGCCCAAAAGCUCGAUCAAUUAGACGUCAGUGGUGAAGACCUGAAGGUGUGCUGUGGUCGAUGCUCUUAUCCAUGGAUAACCUUUGACUCUUUAAUGGAGUAUUCCGACCCACCUCCCGAACUACAGCGAGUUGGAGUCGCCUCGAACGAAUUAUCCGUGUUCUUCACGAGUGGUACAACCUCUCUACCGAAGGCUUGUUUGAUCGAGCCUAUGCUAUGGUUCCACGGGCUGGAAUUAUCCCUGACUCUUGGGUCCUUGGAGUUGGGGAAUUUGGUCGGCGUUGCACCUCCAAUCAAUCAUGCCUUUGGCUUUAUUUGCACCAUGAUGCCGCUUCUCCGGGGUGCAUCUAUUGUCUUGGUCGGCCCUAGGUUCUCUCCCCAGGGAAUGAUUAGAGCACUUAUUCAUGAAAAAUGCACUCAUGCAGCUUUGGUUGCUACUAUGCUUUUUGGUCUUGAACAAAUGAUUGAAGAUGAAAGUUUCGAAACGCCCUAUCUCAAAAGUCUGAUUUUCGCUGGCAUGACAAUGAGACCCAGCCUUGUACAAAGGUGUAAGCAAGUGCUUGGUGCAUCAACGAUUGAAAAUUUCUAUGGAAUGACAGAAGGUGUCUUCGUCUCCACCGGCCCCUUGGAAGAUCUAAGUACUACUGUCUUAGAAGACGUAGUGACCACGGGGCGACCAAUCUCUGGCGGUCAAGUUCGAGUCUGUGUGGUAGGUGGUCGCUCGCCCGUGCCCACUGGCAUAACGGGUGUGCUGCACUUCUCUGGCCCUUCUCUGAUUAACCGUUACCUGAACUGUGAAAGCCCUGAUUUUUACGAAUCUGAUGGCAACUCUUGGUUCGUCACAGGGGACCGGGCAGUCAUGGAUGACAACAAGCAGCUUUACGUUGUUGGCAGAGAGAAGGACAUCAUAGUAUGUGGAGGUGAAAAGAUCGUCCCGUCAAAGAUUGAAGAUUUCCUGGCUCAGACAUCACAAUUUCAGGCUCUUGAGCCACAUGUGGUAGCUGGUGAGGAUAUUGUCGCCGGAGAAGUUCCUAUUGUUGUAAUCAGGUUUGCCGCUGGGCAUGAUGUCGAAAAUCAGAUGCGAGAUACCAUACGGGAGAAUCUUGGGGCUCGGUACGUCCCCAGAGCGUUCAUCACCCUGAAGUCUCUCGGCCUUCGUCAAAUGCCGCGCACCCCUGCUGGAAAAAUACAGAAGGAAGAAUUAAAGCGACAUGUUACCGAGUUCAGGCGGUCUCAAUCUUUCGAUAGCAUCUCAGUGCUGAACCCCUUCCAGAGACUUACCCAAAGUGUUUUGACUGUUUGGUCACGGCUACUUGGCAUCCAGGCUUCACACCUGGAUAUUAAAGCCCCUAUCUCUCAAUUGGCUGACAGCGUCCUCAUGCUUAGCGCCCGAGCCAGAAUUAGAAGUGAAACUGGUCGAAGUGUUCCCCUUUCACAGUGGCUUACCAUAAGGACCAUUGAGGAUCAAAUGAAGACGCUUGAUGCCCUUGAAGGGGAACAAAGAUUGAACGAUCUGGAGGGCACUUUCAAGGGCCUUAAUCCGAGGUCACUCGGGGUGAAUGACAUUGUCCACCUCGGAGAAGACGAAAAUGCGUUCAAUAUGACAAAGGAAGUGAUUGAGAAGAAUAUUACGGCACAAGGUCUAUCUUGGGAAGAUGUACAAAAUGUUUUCCCUUGCACAGACUUCAUUCAAAUACUGUGCCGGUCCAAAGUCAUCAACACUUGGAAUAUCCGAACGGCAAUCCUUUCUAAAAAAGCGAGUGCGGAGGUAAAGUGCUCACUGUUGAUUUCGAUCUUAUUGGCUAUUGCUUACAAGGAGUGCAGGAUAUGA